UUUGGUGGGGAUUUUUCCCUCUUCAGCUGCCAUGGAGAAUAACGAAACUAAAGAUAAGGAUGCGAAGAGCACCUCCGAUGAAGAUGAUAGUGGAGACAUAGUUCAGCAGAAAACUCGUGAGGAAAUUCUCUUCCAUGAGGAAACCAUUGAUCUUGGUGGAGAUGAAUUUGAGUCUGAAGGGAAUGAAACUGUAUCAGAAGAUUCAAAUAACUUUGUAGAUAAACUUAAUGAACAAAUGAUGGAGAGUGUAAUUAUUUCUGAUUCUCCAAACAACAGUGAAGAUGACACAGGUGAACUUGGUUGUCUCCAGGAGAUUGUAGAGCAGAUGGAAGCUAAAGAUAAUCAAAAAACACAAGAUGAAAUGGAUAAAGAAGAGUUUUUAAGUAAUGGAAGUGAAACUGAACACGAAGAAACCCCCAAAGAUGUUUCUGAGAUUGGAACAGAUGAUCAGGAAGAAUCAAUUCAGGAAGCAGUGAAGGAGGAACCAAAGUUGGGAAACAAUGUUCAGGUUGAAACAAAGCCUAAUAAUACUGAUGAAAGCAAACCUGAGGACGAGACAUUGUCACCUAGUACCAGCAAAUCAUCUUCUGAGGCUGAGCCUAUUCCUGUUUGUACCAUCUUCAGCCAAGCAAACAAUGUUAAUACCCAACCACAGUUGUUCCUACCUGAUGGUUUUGAGCCUCAGAUGGUAAAAUCUCCCAGUUUUAGUAGUAUAAUUGAGACUCCAGUGAAGUCAAAUCCACAGGUGGUUCAACCAAGUCCGAGUCUAAGCAAGUUCUUUGGCGAUACUGUUAACACUAAUACUUUAGCUUCUGAUUUUUUUGAUUCAUUUACCACAUCCAAUUUUAUUUCUGUUAGUAAUCCAAAUGCAAGCUCUUCAGUUCCAGAACAAAUGUCUUCUCUUUCUAAUGGUGGAGAUAGUUCUUGUGCUUCACCUAACCCUGCUUUCUCUGUGCGAAAUGGGAGACCUGAAACAGGUGGUCCUCCAUCAUCUGUAGAAAUAACUCAGUCCCCCCAGCCGUUCUCACAAAUCCAAGCUGUUUUUGCUGGGAGUGAUGACCCAUUUGCCACAGCCUUAAAUAUGAGUGAACUAGAUAGAAGAAAUGAUGCUUGGCUUCCUAGUGAGGAAACCAGAAAUGUUCUCAUUUCGGUUGCCACACAACAGUACAGCACGGUGUUUAUAGAUAAAGAGAAUCUCACCAUGCCUGGAUUAAAAUUUGAUAAUAUCCAGGGAGAUGCAGUAAAAGACUUAAUGCUUCGUUUCUUGGGGGAGCAAGCUGCAGUGAAGAGACAAGUUUUAAACGCCAACUCUGUAGAACAGUCAUUUGUAGGCUUGAAACAGCUAAUUAGCAGUAAAAACUGGAGGGCAGCAGUUGACUUCUGUGGGCGGCUCCUCACUGCACAUGGUCAAGGCUAUAAAAAAAGUGGGCUACCAACUAACCAUACAACAGAUUCUUUACAGCUGUGGUUUGUGAGACUAGCACUGCUGGUAAAAUUGAAUCUAUUCCAAAAUGCAGAAAUGGAAUUUGAACCAUUUGGAAAUUUAGACCAGCCUGAUCUUUAUUAUGAAUAUUAUCCUCAUGUAUACCCUGGACGAAAAGGUUCCAUGGUUCCUUUCUCCAUGCGGAUUUUACAUGCUGAACUUCCUCAGUACCUAGGUAAUCCUCAGGAAUCACUUGACAGACUGCACAGUAUGAAGAUAAUCUGUGCCAAGAUAUUAGAAAAUUUGGAACAAGGCUUAGCUGAAGAUGGAAGUAUGACUAACAUUACACAGGAGAACAGACAAGCCUCUGUUCAGCUGUGGAGGUCACGUCUGGGCCGGGUGAUGUACUCCAUGGCAAACUGUCUGCUAAUGAUGAAGGACUAUGUGCUUGCUGUAGAUGCUUAUCACACCGUCCUCAAAUGUUACCCACAGCAAGAGCCUCAGCUGUUGAGUGGAAUUGGAAGGAUUUUCCUUCAGAUUGGAGACAUAAAAACUGCAGAAAAAUAUUUUCAAGACGUUGAGAAAGCGACUCACAAAUUGGAUGGACUACAGAGCCAAAUUAUGGUUUUAAUGAACAGAGCAUUUCUCCACCUUGGUCAGAAUAAUUUUGCAGAAGCUCAUCGAUUUUUCACAGAAAUUUUAAGGAUCGACUCAUCAAAUGCUGUGGAUUCCCUCCGGCAAUUGGAAGGAAUGGUUCAGCAGGACCCUAAACACUACCUACACGAGAGCGUUCUCUUCAACUUGACAACUAUGUAUGAACUGGAAUCAUCUCGCAGUAUGCAGAAGAAGCAGGCACUUUUAGAGGCUGUAGCUAUCAAAGAGGGCGAUAGCUUUAAUACUCAGUGUCUCAAGUUAGGAUAGAUAAUUUCAAACUAAUUUUUUCCAGCAAGGCUGAUUUUUUAAAUUGUAUAUACUCUUGCUAAUGUGUAAAUGUGAAAUAAAAUCUAUUCAUUUAUGACUAUUCAGUGGCAUUACUACAGAAUCUGUUGUCUCUAACAGUCCUAUCAUUCUGAAGACUUUGUGCUGACCUAGAGCCAGCUUCACCCCUACAAGUCUAUUACUGUUUAGUUAUUCUUCAUUACAGUGUACUAGAUAUAUAUAUAGUCAACUACUCAGAUUCUUUUGAUAAGAAAUACUGAGUUUGACCCUAUAUUGUCUUGAAGAUUGCUACAGUUUUUCAGUAAUUAGUGAGCAAAUCACAUGAGCUGAUUUCAUCAGUUAAGAGUUAUUGACAGAGUAUCAGUAUGUGUAUUAUAGAAAUGAAAUUCUGAAUGCGCUUCUCUUCAUUUGCUUCUACUGUGUGUGUCCCAUUUUGCCCCCAUUCAGCUACAGAGUAUUACACCUUUGUAUGUCCAGUGCUCUCGCUCAGUAACCACAAUACAGAAUCACAGCGUGGUUGAUGUUGGAAGGGACCGCUGGAGGUCAUCUGGUCCAACCACCCAGUCAAGUGGGGCCACCUAAAGCAGGUUGUCCAGAUGGCAUGUGAGGGAGUCAUACCGUCCCCCCCAGCAUGAAUGUCCCACAGUAAGAGGGACCGUAUCAUCUGAAUUAUACUAAAUGGUCUCUCUAUAAUUUCUUGGCUUUGUGAUACCAUUAAUCUUUCAGGUUAAAGCAUUUGGAUUCUGGAAAGGUGUGGAUGGGAUUUCUCUAUUCCCAAACUAUUGCUUGCUUCUAUACUUUUUUCCUCCCUCCCACUGUCUGGCCAACAUCUCUACUUGGAUGUCACCAGCAGAUGCCACAAGGUUAUUCUAGGAACAGCCUCACUUGUGCAUGUGUAUUUCAGCUCUUAGUAUACUACAACUAUCUUCCUCAUGCCUGCCCUGGAGCCUGUGGAUUCCUCCCAGUGUAGACAGGCAAAGCU